AUGAAGGCCUCUGCCGCCCGGCCGGGGGCUGACCCCGCAGCCACCACUCCUGGGCCCGGGGAGACCCCGCUGCCGGGCCUGGCGGCCUCCCGCCCGCCGCCCACCCCACGCCACCCUUCAUGCCGCACGCCCAGCACGGAGGCCGUGGGGGACUUCGAGUACAGUAAGAAGGACCUCAUUGGGCACGGACCCUUCGCCGUGGUCUUCAAAGGCGGGCAUCACAAGAAAACUGGUUGGGAAGUAGCUAUAAAAAGAAUUCAUAAAAAAAAUUUGUCAAAAUCACAAAUACUUCUUGGAAAGGAAAUUAAGAUCUUAAAGGAACUUCAGCAUGAAAAUAUUGUGGCUCUGUAUGAUGUUCAGGAAUUGCCGACUGUUUUUCUGGUGAUGGAGUAUUGCAAUGGUGGAGACUUGGCAGAUUACGUACAAGCUAAAGGAACUCUCGGUGAAGAUACCAUCAGAGUGUUUCUGCAUCAGAUUGCAGCUGCCAUGCGAAUUCUACAUAGUAAAGGAAUCAUUCACAGGGAUCUCAAGCCCCAGAACGUCUUAUUGUCUUAUGCCAGUCGCAGAAAAUCAAGUGUCAGUGGCAUUCGUAUCAAAAUAGCGGACUUUGGUUUUGCUCAUUAUCUGCAUGGUAACAUGAUGGCCGCUGCACUGUGUGGAUCUGCUGUGUAUGUGGCUCCUGAAGUUAUUAUGUCUCAACACUAUGAUGCCAAGGCUGACCUGUGGAGCAUAGGAACUGUGAUCUAUCAAUGCCUAGUUGGAAAGCCCCCUUUUCAGGCCAAUAGUCCACAAGUCUUGAGGAUGUUUUAUGAAAAGAACACGAGUUUGAUUCCUAGUAUCCCCAGAGAAACAUCACCAUAUUUGGCUAAUCUUCUCUUGGGUUUGCUUCAGAGAAAUCAGAAGGACAGAAUGGACUUUGAAGCAUUUUUUAGUCAUCCUUUUCUUGAACAAGUUCCCGUUGAAAAAUCCUGCUCGGUGCCAGUGCCCAUCUAUGCUGGUUCAGUUUCUGGCAGUUCUUGUGGUAGCUCUCCAUCUUGUCACUUUGCUUCUCCGCCAUCCCUUCCAGAUAUGCAGCACAUUCAGGAAGACAAUUUAUCUUCCCCACCCUUGGGUCUUCCUAACUAUCUCCAGGUCUCUAAAGAUUGUGCCAGUACUAAUAGUAAGAACUCUUCUUGUGACACCGAUGACUUUGUUUUGGUUCCACAUAACAUUUCAUCAGAUCACUCAUAUGAUAUGCCAGUGGGAACUGCUGGCAGACGGGCUUCAAGCGAGUUCUUGGUGUGUGGAAGAGGACCAUGUCAGCCCUCCCCGUCACCUCACAGAGAGACAGCACCUAUUCCAGUGCCUACUCAGUUAAGGAAUUAUCAGCGGAUUGAGCAGAAUCUCUCCUCAGCCAUCCCUGGGACAAACCCCCAUGGUUCUCCAAGAUCUGUAGUGGUACGAAGGUCUAAUACCAGCCCUUUGGGCUUUCUGAAGAUGGGCUCCUACUCUCCAGUACCUGCAGACACAGUACAGACUGCUGGGCGUAGGCUGUCCACAGGGUCCUCCAGACCAUACUCUCCUUCUCCAUUAGCUAGCUCUGUCCCCGAACAGCUUGGCCAUUGCUGUUGUGGACAGCUGCAGGGUCAUGACUUGAGGAGUAGAAAUUCUUCAUGUUCUCCAGUACCACAGUCGUGGUCACCGCUGUCUCUUUUGUUGGGUGCUAGACUUCAGAGUGCCCCUACACUCACUGAUGUCUACCAGAACAAACAGAAGCUUCAAAAGCAGCAUUCUGACCCUGUGUGCCCAUCCCAUGCAGGAUUUGGCUAUACCUACUCACCACAGCCAAGUAGGCCAGUCAGCCUUGGGACCUCCCCAACCAAGCACAUGGGAUUUUCUCCUAGGAGCUCUGACUGGCUAUUUAAAACUCCUUUACCAACAAUCAUUGGCUCUCCCACUAAGGCCACAGCUCCUUCCAAGAUCCCUGAAACCCAAGCAUGUUCCAAUUUGCUAGCCUUGGUUACGCGUCAGGGACCAACAGAUGUGCCAGCUAAAGAUGUGAGUGACCCACGAGAGUUCUCACAUUUUCUCUCAGCCCAUGGACGUGAAAGGCAGGUGGCUGAGCAGCAUAGCAAGGCCACAUUUGGCAGAUCUGUAAGUACUGGGAAGUUGUCAGAUCAACAGAUAAAGACGCCCUUGGGUGGGCAGUUCUAUCAGGGCAGUACAAACAGUCUCAACACAGAACGACCAAUGGAUACAGCUCCUGCAGGAGCCUGUGGCGUUGUUCUGGGACCUCUUGGGGCCACCAGAGCUAGUUCUAGGGCUGUGAUGUUUAAGGUAGGAUCUCCUCCUAAUAGUGCUACGCCUCGUACUUGCACCCAAAUGGUUCUUCGUAUGAGGACGACUUCAGUUGGAUCAAACAGUUCUGGAGGGUCUCUCUGCUCCACCAGUGGCCGUGUCUAUUUGGGUUUCCCUCCAGGCAUUUAUAUGGGUUCUUCUCUGCUGGGAGCACCAAGCCUGAAGUAUGCACCCUAUGGGAUGUCACCUCCCAGCUUGGAGGGCUUUAUCACUUAUGAAGUUCCAGAACUUCCAGAAGAAACUGUCAUGGAGAGGGAGCACACAGAUACAUUGCGCCAUCUGAAUACGAUGCUGAUGUUCACUGAGUGCGUGCUGGGUCUGACAGCCAUCAGGGGAGGGAGCCCCGAGCUGUGCACGUAUCAGAUCCAGGAGAGCGUGGUGGUGGAUCAGAUAAGCCAGCUGAGCAAAGAGUGGGGACAAGUAGAACAACUGGUAUUGUACAUGAAAGCAGCCCAGCUGCUUGCGUCAUCUUUGCAUCUUGCCAAAGCCCAGAUCAAAUCAGGGAAACUGAACCCGUCUACGGCUGUUAUACAAGUUGUCAAAAAUCUGAAUGAGAGGUAUAAAUUCUGUAUCACCAUGUGCAAGAAACUUAGAGAAAAGCUGAAUCACUUCUUCUCUGACAAGCAAAGAUUCAUUGAUGAAAUCCAUAGUGUGACUGCAGAGAAGCUCAUCUACAAUUGUGCCAUAGAAAUGGUUCAGUCAGCAGCCCUUGAUGAGAUGUUUCAGCAGAUGGAGGGUAUUGUGUAUUAUUACCACAAAGCAGCUCUUCUUUUGGAAGGCUUAACAAAAAUCCUGCAGGACCCUGCGGACAUUGAAAACGUACACAAAUAUAAAUCUAGUAUUGAAAGAAGGCUGUCUGCACUCUGCUAUGGUGUGGUGACUGUCUAUGAGCCAUAGCCUCUCCCAUGGACUGAGCAG